AUGUUUGGAAGCAGCAACACCUUUGAUCCUAACACCGACAUCCCUGAUCUCUCAGGCAAGGUCUAUGUCGUGACUGGCGGAUCAGCCGGUAUUGGUUUUGGCAUCUGCGCCCAUAUCCUGCAACACAACCCUGCUGCCCUCUACCUUCUCGGCAAGAAGGAGGAGCACAUCCAGGAAGCCGAAGAAGGUCUCAAGAAAUAUGGCGACAUCUCCAAAGUCCACUCUGUUCAGAUCGAGCUUGAGGACCUGGNNAAGCAGACGGAUCAAGUAGCCAAGGAGCUAGCCUCUAAGCUCGACAGGCUCGAUGCUCUCAUUUGCAACGCUGGACUCGGCGUGGGAGUCUUCAACCUGACCAAGGACGGCAUCGAUUCUCACAUGCAGGUGAACCACAUUUCGCAAUUCCACCUGACCCAGACUUUGCUCCCUCUGCUUCAAAAGACUCCUGGUUCUCGUCUUGUCCUGCAAUCCUCAGACCUGCACCGCGGAAUCAGCGAUGUCAAAUUCGAAUCUGAGCAGGAGCUCAACCAGGAUAUCGGUCCCAUGAUGCUUUACAACAGAACCAAGCUCGCUCAAGUCCUAUACAUCCGUGCUCUGGCAGACCGCAAGGAGAAGGCUCAACUGGGCUUCGAUGAUAACGUCAGCGCUGGACCAUUCAUGAACGCUGUACAUCCUGGUGGAGUUCAGACCGACCAGCAGAAGCAGGCAGUUGAUGCUUACGGAACUCUCGGCAAAAUCGGUGUCGCAGCAGUGAAACCUUUCUUGAAGGAUCCAGUCGAUGCUGGAUGUCGUCCAGCACUCUUCGCGGCAACCAGCAACGACGUCGCCACGGAGAAUAUCCAAGGCCAAUACGUAAGCUCAGACACGUCCUCAAGAGUAAGAAGACUUGCUAACAAACACACUAGANUUGUGCCUGACCGCAAAGUCACUGACCCAUCGAAGGAGGCUCGCGACCAGCAGCUUGGAGAAAACUUGUGGCAACUGACUGAAAAGAUCAUUGUCAGCAAGUUGGGCAACGCUGUGCCAUACAAGCUUCAGUACGCUUAG